UGUAUACAGUUGAGGCAUUGGCCAUUUUAACAGCACUGCAGUGGGUGGAGGAGGUUCAGGUCAGAAAAGUCAUCAUUUGUUCAGAUUCCAGUUCAGUAUUAUUAUCAUUACAGUCAUUUACAUCAAAUAGCAGGCAGGAUUUAGUCAAUGAAAUGUACGAAACACUGUUCCGACUUAGUCAUUUGGGUAUGUUGGUAUCAUUCAUGUGGGUGCCAGCACAUAGAGGGGUAAAGGGAAAUGAAGCAGCAGACAAAUUAGCGAAGAAAGCAUUGGAUUGUGAGAAACAAGACAGACAUUUUAUUCAGCAAAACAGAAACUAAAUCAAAAAUCAAAAGAAACAUUAUACAGAAAUGGCAGCACAGUUGGGACGCUGGAGGCACAGGAAGACAUCUCUAUGCUAUUCAGAAGGAAGUUGGCAAAGGGAGGAUAACCAGAGGAAACACUGCAGAAGAAAAUAUAUUAACCAGACUAAGGAUUGGACACACAAGGCUGAAUAAAACCAGGCAAUUAAUAAAUAAACACGCAACGGGAUUAUGUGAACACUGCAAUAUGCCGGAAACAGUAGAGCAUAUCAUUUGCCAUUGCCAGAAGUUCAUAGUGGAGAGAGACAGGCUGAAGAGGAAGCUGGAAGUAGAGGAAAUACAGUUAAAGGAUGCAUUAAGCUUGGGGGAGGAAAGGUGCUGCAAUAUCUGAAGGAAACCGGGUUGAGUGGAAGGAUAUAGGUUAGGUUUUAAUUAUUAUUAUUUUACAUUUUUUUCUUUACUUUUACAUUUUUUUAAUUUUGGAGGGAGAUAACUCUGGUCCAUACUCCAGUACAGUAGGUGGCGGUAAUGCACUUUUUGUUGGAUGCCAUCCGCCAUAAAACCCCAAAAGAAGAAGAAUUCUCCGGCCGUGGCCGAAGGCAACGCGAGAAAGCGGCUCUCCGGUCACGUGACUUCGGAACAAGCCACGUGACAGAGUCACUAAAAAGGGACCGCGGAGCUGUUUUUCCGAGUGGGACUUGGAAGAGUUGCUCAGGAUGGCCAGACCUGAAGGACUCGGCGUGUUCCGCCUCUCGUGCCUGUUCGCCGUGUUUGAAGCGGCAUGUCUGCUGGACACCGGCAUGCUCUUCCCCCGGGAGUCGUCCUCCCGGGAGGUGAAGGAGCUCAACGGGGUGUGGAACUUCAGGGCCGACCGGUCCCCAAACAGGAACCGGGGCUUCGAGAGGGCAUGGUACAAACGUCGCCUUGCAGAGACCGGCCCAGUGAUUGACAUGCCAGUUCCUGCCAGCUACAAUGACAUCACCCAGGACCCCACACUGAGAGAUUUUAUUGGCUGGGUUUGGUACGAGAGGGAGGCGGUGGUGCCUGGCCGCUGGAUCGCCGAUGAAGGAACAAGAAUUGUCGUCCGAGUGGGAAGUGCUCACUAUUACUCAGUAAUGUGGGUGAAUGGGGUGAAAGUGACGGAGCAUAAAGGUGGCCAUCUUCCUUUUGAGGCUGAGAUAGGGGCUUUACUCCGCAAGGACCCAACUCAGCCGUGCAGGAUCACCAUCGCCGUCAACAACACUCUGUCCCUGGACACUCUUCCACCAGGAAGCAUCCAGCACAUGAGCGACAAGACCAAGUAUCCUGAUGGGUAUUUUGUGCAAAGCAUCUUCUUUGAUUUCUUCAACUAUGCCGGCAUCCAUCGCUCCGUAUUGCUGUAUACUACUCCUAAGGCGUAUGUGGAUGACAUCACCGUGGUGACUAACUUCUUCGAUAACACUGGUCUUGUCCAAUACAAGUUAUCAGUCCGAGAUGCCGUCUCGGCCACCAUAUCUGUCACUUUGAUGGAUAAAGGUGGCCACUGUGUUGCCUCCUCCAGCGAGCUAUCUGGUGACCUCAAAGUAAAGGAUGUCAAUUUGUGGUGGCCGUACCUGAUGCAUGAGAACCCGGGUUACCUUUACUCUCUGGAGGUCCGCUUAAAGGCCGCCGAUGAGAAAUCUGCGUACGAGGAUGUGUACACUCUACCAGUUGGCAUCCGCACGGUCAACGUCACCAGCACCCAGUUCCUCAUCAACAACAAGCCCUUCUACUUCCAUGGAGUCAAUAAACACGAGGACUCUGAUAUUCGUGGAAAAGGCUUCGACUGGCCCCUCAUUGUCAAGGACUUUAACUUACUGAAAUGGCUGGGGGCCAACUCGUUCCGUACCAGCCACUACCCCUAUGCAGAGGAGAUCAUGCAGAUGUGUGACCGCCACGGCAUUGUGGUGAUAGAUGAGUGCCCGGGCGUGGGCAUCAAAGACAUCCGCAGUUUUGGAAACGCCUCCCUGACCAAUCACCUGGUUGUCAUGGACGAGCUUGUGCGUCGGGACAAAAACCAUCCCUCCGUGGUCAUGUGGUCAGUAGCCAAUGAGCCGGCUGCAGAGAUGCCCCCUGCUGACUUCUAUUUCAAGACCGUGAUACAACAUACCAAAGCUCUGGAUCCAACUCGACCCGUCACUUUUGUUUCAGACAGUAACUAUGCCAGGGAUAAAGGGGCUCCCUACGUGGACGUCAUCUGCGUGAACAGUUACUUCUCCUGGUACCAUGAUCCAGGCCACCUGGAGCUCAUCCCCCUCCAGCUCAACACUCAGUUUGAGAACUGGUACAGAAAGUACCAGAAACCCAUCAUUCAGAGCGAAUAUGGAGCAGAUACGGUGCCGGGGCUCCACAGUGAUCCCCCCGUGAUGUUUACUGAAGAGUACCAGAACAUCGUCCUGAAGAACUACCACAAAGUGUUCGACGAGAAGAAGAAGCAGUAUGUCAUUGGUGAACUCAUCUGGAACUUUGCGGACUUCAUGACUUCACAAGGGGUCCUACGCGUGGUGGGGAACAAGAAGGGUGUUUUCACCAGGCAGAGGCAGCCCAAAGCCGCAGCAUUCAUCCUGAAGGAGAGGUACUGGAGACUGGCCAAUGAAACGGGCAUACUCCCUCCUUGGACCAAGUACCCCUGCUCAUUCUGACACCCGGUCCAGGACGGGCCUGAUCCUAUGUGUUACUAUGUGCCUCAUAAAAAAAACAACAUGCAGUUUCUCGAGGCAGUUUAGUUAAAGCGCUUAUAGAAUACUUAAUUGAAUCGCACCUUGAAACCGUUUUGAAUACGCGCAACCGAUCAAACCACCAUGACAUUCAGCUACGCUUCUCAUGGUCUGCAGUUAUGAACUAAACCAUCAACACUAUCGCACAUUUGAAUCAUUAUACAAUUCCCAUGUUGGUGAUGUGGUCUCCUGAGGAUACCCAUGACUGACUAACACUUUAUUUAGCUGUUAGAGGAUUUUCUGAUUCAUAUGUGUGGCAGAACUUUCCAAUGCCAUCUUAAAAAGGUCACGGUCACAAUCCUUCAUCACCGAUUGGCUUCGACCUUUCUACCGGUCAGGUGAUGAGUUCACCUGGCAGAGAAAGCACACACCACAAUACAAGCAAAUGUGUGUACCGUUAAUGUGAAUUGCAGUGCUGAAUCCAAUCAUACGUGUUUUUAUUUUUAUAUGUGAAAAUCUAUUUUUUUUGUAUAUGAAUCUAGCUAUUAAAGACAAAAUAAGAACUCUA